UUUCAUUUUAGAUAAUAUAGGAGUAAAGAUAUAUUUUUUUACAUUCCUCAAAUUGUGUAAAAUUAAAAGCUUUUAAAAUACAUCAGCAAAAAUGGGUUGUGAAUAUUUAAAAAUAAUUGGAGCUGUAGUUUUACCCAAUAUAGGCGGCAUAGUUAAUGCAAAAUUAACUCAAGCUAAUAUUGAACACUGGUAUCAUAAAUUAACAUUUCCUGCAUUCCGUCCUCCAAAUUGGGUAUUCGGUCCAGUUUGGACAUCUUUAUAUUCAGGAAUGGGCUACGCAUCUUAUUUAGUCUGGCGAGACGGCGGUGGUUUUAAAGGCCCGGCCAUGUUACCGUUAGCUACAUACGGAGCGCAAUUGGCACUAAAUUGGGCUUGGACCCCUAUAUUUUUUGGACAACAUAAUAUUAAAGGAGCAUUUAUGGAAAUUAUUGCAUUAACCAGUGUUGCAUCUGCUUGUGGGGUUCUUUUUUAUAAAAUUAACAAUGUAGCUGGUCUUAUAUUUUUACCGUACGUUGCAUGGCUAAGCUUCGCAUCUUUACUGAACUAUAGAAUCUGGAAAUUAAAUGAAGAUAAAAUUGAAAAAAAUGAUUAGCACGCGAAUAAUCGUCACAGAUUUGGUUGUAGGUGUGGCCAUAUGGAAAGACUAUACAACUUCCUAUUUUUUUAGCACGAUACAAUUGUUUUUAUAUUUUUCGUAGUCAUAUAAUAGAAAAAUCAAUUUUAAUUUUAUUUUUAGAAACACUUUUUUUAAAUAUUUUACUUAACAUUUACGUACAUACAUAGGCAUUUGGAUUUGGCAAUAAAAAGUGUUAAACAUUAAAUAAAAACUUUACUUUAUUUACAUA